ACAGUGUGGGUCAAGUGCAGGGGGGCUUCAAAAGAACGGGCUUCCGUAAUGCUUCUCGGCGAAAGCGAUGGCAAUCGCUACACGCCCUUUGUUGUGUUUAAGGUGAAACCCUCCAAGUACAAUGCCAUCCAAGAGGAGAACAAUGCUCGUCGCUAUGGAUUCGGCAUUCGCAACUGGAAAAAUGUGCGCACGAUU